CCAUAAAGUCAUAAACCAUUCGAUUUCGGCCAUUUCUAUUUUCUUUGCAUAAGCAAAUUCAUUCGUUUACUCAUACGGUGUAUGUUUAAUUGAAUUUAUAAAAAUAAGUUUAAGUAGAUUUACGUCAAAAAACGUAAAUUACAGAAAAAUAAUGUCCAAUGAAAAGGAAGACCCCUUGCCUGAAGGGUGGGAAAUGAGAAAAAGUAGGUCUACCGGCAUGGCAUACUUUCUGAAUACGUAUACAAAACAAUCGCAAUGGGAGCGUCCUGACUCGCCCGCAGAUCCCGGCGAUGUACGGUGUAGCCAUAUUUUGGUAAAGCAUGCACAGAGCCGACGCCCAUCAUCGUGGCGAGAAGAAAACAUUACUCGCAGUAAAGAGGAAGCAUUACAGAUUCUCGAGAAAUAUAGAAAGCAAAUUGUUGCCGAAGAAGCUACUUUCUCACAUAUUGCAUCAAAGUACUCUGAUUGUUCUUCAGCUAAACGUGGUGGUGAUUUAGGCUUGUUUGGGCAUGGAAAAAUGCAGAAACCAUUUGAAGAGGAAGCUUUCAAAUUAAAGAUCGGGCAAUUGAGCAAGCCUGUUGAAACAGAUUCAGGAGUACAUAUCAUUCUUAGAACUGCUUAAAUUAUUUUUUUUUUUUGUUUACCCAAAGUAUAACUAACUAUUCCUAAGCACUUGAUAAGGCACCAUAUUUUUCUUGUAUGUUUGAAUAAACAUAAUAAAUUGGCUUACAACUUAA